AUGAUGAAGUACCGUUUGCAUAGCGAUUCACCUGAUUUACGUCCUGAAUUGCGUCGGUUUUUUGCCUGUAUCAAAUACGAACCGGACAUCGAAGUUGUCAAGGGUGCGGCUCGGCAUCUUCUGGAAAGUUGCGAUAGGCUAUUUCUUGAUAAUGCCAAAGAAGUGUUCAGAAAAGAAGUACAGAAUAUUCAUGACUGUAAAGACGCACUAGAGAAGAUGAUAAGUUCCGAAAGAUCGCAAUGGGCUGUUGAACGGGAAAACAUGGAAUUACAACUAAAUCGCUGCCGCCGCCAUAUAGAACAAUUUCCAAAUAUCCAUAAAGAGAGGGCUAUCAUUAUGGCAGAACUGAAUGCAACCAGAACGCAAAUUGAGCAGUAUCGGCUUAGGCUUCGACAAAAAUGCGAAGAAGUUGAUAGACUGGAAAAGGAGAGAGACAGCAUUGCAGCUUUGGCUAAAGAGUUUCAGAAAUUAGACCAAGAUUCCCAGGAACAGAUCAAGGAGGCGAACAGUGUUAUAGACGAGCUUGAAAGGAAACUUAAAGAUGUUUGUGCCGAUCUUGAGAGGUAUGCAUAAAU